GUCUGUCUUCACUCUCAUUCUCCCAUAAUCCUGUCAAAUUUCCUCUUUUGAAUUACAAACUGCGAUUUUGAAAUUCCCACAUGAAGAGGUUGUGCUCGGUUCUCUGUCUCAGGCGGCGGCUGAGAAAAUCCAAGCAAACAACCCACAUCAGCUCUGAGCCCAAGUCAACUAGCGAAUCGAUGCCCGAGCCUCAGAGUAGCAGCGGCUAUGCAGAGGGCUGUGAGAGACGAGAUGUAGUAGUUGAUUCAAAUGUUAGCCAUACAACCAACAUCAUCUCCAAUCACGACUUUUCUGAAGGGCUCCAUUCUUGGCAUGCCAAUUGUUGUCAUGCUUAUGUGGCUUCUAAAGAAUUUAGUCUCCCCAAUGGCCCCAAUGGAGUUGUUGCGUACUCAGGAGAGAGUCACAUUGUCAUCACAAAUCGUACAGAGUGCUGGCAAGGUUUGGAGCAGGACAUCACUGGGAAACUUUCCAUUGAUACUAAAUAUGAUGUGUCAGUUUUUGUUGGUGUGCAUGGGAAUCUACAGGGGUCCUGUGGAGUGCAAGCAACACUUAGAUUAGAGAAUUCAGAUUCUGGUACUAGCUAUUUAUGUGCUGGAAGAAAAUCAGUCACCAAAGAAAGCUGGGAGAAGCUGGAAGGAUCUUUUACAUUGACAAGCUUGCCAAGUCGUGCCAUCUUUUAUUUGGAAGGACCUCCUCCUGGAGUAGACAUACUGAUAAACUCUGUAAUUAUUUUGCCCACCAGCUCUGAGUAUUAUGGGGAGGCUAGAAGAUGCAUCGCUGCUGCAGAUGGAAACAUCAUACGAAAUUCAUUCUUUGAGGAUGGCUUGAAUAAUUGGUCUGGUAGAGGGUGCAAGAUACUUGUACAUGAAUCUAUUGGAGAUGGGAAGAUACUUCCAUUACAUGGAAGGCAUUUUGCUUCUACGAGCAGCCGCAGUCAAAGCUGGAACGGCAUUCAGCAGGAUAUUACUGGUAGAGUGAUUCGAAAAUUUACAUAUGAGGUGAUUGCUGUUGUUCGAAUAUUUGGGAAUGCUAAUUCUGCCGAAGUUAUGGCUAGUUUGUGGGUUAAAGGAGUAAAUGGCCGUGAACAAUACACAAGCAUUGGGAAAAUUCAAGCAUCAGAUAAAGAUUGGUCCAAUUUGCAAGGAAAAUUUAUUUUGAAUGUUCAUACCUCAGACGUUGUAAUCUACCUUGAGGGGCCACCAUUGGGUACUGAUAUCCUUAUAAACAGUUUAGUUGUUAAACGAGCUGAAAAGCCUCCUCGUUCUCCAUUACUUACGUUUGAAAAUAUACCGUUUGGAGUCAAUAUAAUUGAGAACAGUAAUCUUAAUAAAGGCCUGAGUAAGUGGAGUCCUCUUGGUUCAUGCACUUUAAGCAUGUCUAUUGGUUGCCCCCGUGUACCGCCUCCAUCCGCAAAAGAUUCAAUUGGUCAUCAUGAGCCGCCAAGUGGUUGUUAUAUUGUUACAACUAAUCGAACAGAAACCUGGAUGGGCCCUUCCCAGAUAAUUACAGACAAGCUAGUCUUACAUGUGACAUACCAGGUUGCCGCAUGGGUUCGUGUUGGAACAGGUACAAAAAGUCCUCAAAUUAUUAAUUUGGCCCUUGGGGUGGAUGACCGUUGGGUCAAUGGUGGGCACGUUGAAGUUACUGAUGACAGAUGGAAUGAAAUUGUGGGUUCAUUCAGACUUGAGAAGCAGCCAUCCAAAGUUAUAGUCUAUGUGCAAGGUCCUUCAAUGGGGGUUGAUUUGAUGGUUGCUGGGCUUCACAUAUUUCCUGUUGACAGGAAGGCUCGUUUUGACAAUCUAAAGCAGAAAACGGACAAGGUAAGGAAACGCGAUAUCAUCCUAAAAUUUCCAGUAAUUGAUGCUGGCAAUGCAUCUAAGACAAUUGUCAAAGUUAGACAACUACAGAAUAGCUUUCCAUUCGGAUCAUGUAUUAGUAGGUCGAGCAUUGAAAAUGAGGAGCUUGUUGAUUUCUUUGUGAAGAAUUUCAACUGGGCUGUUUUUGGGAAUGAGCUGAAGUGGUAUCAUACAGAACCUGAACAGGGAAGAUACAACUAUAGGGAUGCUGAUGAGAUGCUUGAUUUCUGCAAGAAACAUGGAAUGUAUACUAGAGGUCAUUGCAUAUUUUGGGAGGUCGAAGAUGCUGUUCAACAUUGGGUAAAAUGUCUAGACAAAAAUGAUCUAAUGAGAGCUGUUCAGAAUCGUCUCAGAAGCCUUCUCUCUAGAUAUAAAGGUAAAUUUAGGCAUUAUGAUGUGAACAAUGAAAUGCUUCAUGGGUCAUUCUAUAAAGAUAGACUUGGGGAAAAUAUCAGGAUCUACAUGUUUGAAGAAGCACGCAAACUGGAUCCUUCAGCCACCCUUUUUGUUAAUGAUUACAACGUUGAAGAUGGUUGUGAUGCAAAGGCUUCUCCAGAGAUGUUUAUUCAUCAUAUCCUUGAUUUGCAAGAACAUGGUGCACCAGUAGAUGGAAUCGGUCUACAAGGACAUAUUAACAAUCCAGUGGGACAAAUCGUGUGUGCUGCUCUGGAUAAGUUAGCCAUACUUGGACUUCCUAUUUGGUUUACUGAACUCGAUGUCGCCGCUUCAAAUGAACAUGUCCGUGCGGAGGAUUUAGAGGUCAUGCUUCGAGAGGCCUAUGCGCAUCCGGCUGUUGAGGGGAUAAUGCUUUGGGGAUUCUGGGAGUUGAUGUGUAGGGAUAAUUCUCACUUGGUUGAUGCUGAGGGUGACAUUAAUGAAGCUGGGAAGAGGUAUCUUGCUCUGAAACAGGAGUGGUUAACCCAUGCUGAUGGGCUUGUUGAUGACUCUGGAGAGUUUAAAUUCAGAGGGUACCAUGGGAGUUAUAGUCUGGAAGUAACUACUCCAGCGAAAAGAUCAUCUCAUUCAUUUGUUGUUGAGAAGGGUGAAUCACCACUGGUUUUACAUAUAAAGUCGUAGUUUUUACAGUGAGCAGGUCAGCAACAUUGAAAUGUAUAUGCUUACAGAGUUUAUACGUACAGGAAAUGAAUAUUACGAUGCAUAUAGUGUUUUUUCUCUGUUGUCCCAAUGCAGUCAUUUACCAGCUUUAGUUCUUUGUGGGCACUGAGCAUUAUGUCCUUGUAAAGAUUCAAACAGUGAAACUCAAAGAUUUUGUAAUAUAUUACAUAAACAUAUUGGCAAUUUGAAAGUAAUAUUAACUA